AUGUCCGGGGAGGAGUCGGCGAAGGACAUUGGCCAAUUGAGAGAGGGAAAACUUUAUCCUUUGAACUAUUCACAUUCGCACACCAAUGAGACCAUUAAACUAACAUUGAUAGUUUCCCAUGAGGAAAUGAAACAGAACAAGAUUCCUCUUGCCUACAGAGACAGAUGUGCCAGACUGUUGGUUCCUCUCAACAAGUGUAGGAAGGAGGGAUGGUAUAUGCCUUGGAAUUGUGUUCAAGAGAGACACGACUACGAACAAUGUCAGUAUCUGGAUUUCAAGAGAAGGGUCAAGGAAUUGGAGGAGAUCAAGAAACAGAGAGACGCUGCGGAUGCCUCAGCAGAUCUUUGA